AUGCCGUCAGCGGUGCCGCAAGAACCACCACCCAUCGCGAAGUGGAAGCGACCCCAGCACACGACCGAGGACUUGAACUGGGCAGAUAUUAAGAUCAUCGAUCUAUCCAAAUUCGACGAGCCUAAUGGGAAACAGAAAUUGGCUGAAGAAUUAAGAGACGCUGUGCACCACACAGGUUUCUUCAGCGUCACUGGUACUGGCUUCACCCAAGAAGAGAUUGAUCGGCAAUAUGACAUCGGUCAAGCUUACUUCAACUUGCCAUUGGAGGAGAAGGGCGACCCAGAGUACCGAUGUGAUUUCGCAAAUGGAAACUAUUUCGGGUACCGCGCUGCAAACGAGAAGAAGAUAAUGGGUACAACCGUUCUCGAUAAUGUCGAAUCGAUCAACAUACCUAAAUUUAUUCCUUCAAACUCUCACGAACCAUUCCACCCAUUCUUGCAUUCGUUCCGGUCCGAGAUUGAGGACUUUUCCCGUCGAUCUCUGGACAUCGCUUCGAAGAUCUUCAAGCUCUUCUCCUUGAUACUAGAACUACCAGAAAAUUACUUCUCUGACCAGCACCGCUACGAUGACCCGUCAGAAGACCAUCUCCGCUACAUGAUUUACCACCCCCGUCCUGCCGCCGACGACGCCAAGGUUCAAAAUACCUGGUCUCGCGCGCACACGGAUUUUGGAAGUUUGACUCUACUGUGGAGCCAGGAUGUUGCUGGUCUACAACUCAAAACGCCGACUGGAGAAUGGAAGUACGUCCCACCUGUACCCAACGGCAUCGUUUGUAAUGUUGGCGAUACUCUGUCCUUUUGGUCGGCAGGCUAUCUAAAGUCAACUAUCCAUCGGGUUAUUAGACCGCCAGAGGAUCAAGCAUACAUCCACCGACUGGGCUUGUUUUACUUUGUUCGACCAGGAAACGAUGUGGAUAUCAAGCCGGUGGCGUCGCCGCUACUGAGGAGAUUGGGUCUUGUUGGCGAUGAUGCGGCCCACAAGAAGCCGGUGAGGGGAUUGGAAUAUGUGAGAGAGAGGGUGAAGGACUACCACGAUCAUACGGAUUACGCAGAUAAGAAGGGAAAGAAGUUCAAGGUAGGAGAUUUGGAAAUCGAGGACGAAGCCGCGUAG